AUGAUUAAUAAUUGCAAUUACUUAUCAACAGACUAUAAUGAGCAAGCAGGUUGUAUACCAAUUAGAAUUAAAAAACUAGAAGGAUCAACCAGUUCAUUAAUAACAUUAGAAGAUGUACAAAUUAUGUUGGUAACAUCAGGAACCAGUGGUAUAAAUUGGGUGUUUCCAAAAGGAUCAAUUAAAAAAUCCGAAUCAAGUAAACAAGCAGCAAAGAGAGAAACCUUUGAAGAAGCUGGUAUCAAAGGUAAAAUAUUACAUCAACUCCCCAAAAUCACUUUAGCUGAUCAUAAUAAAGGUGUAAACAUUACUUAUUAUCCUUUAUUUGUUGGUAAAAAAAAGAAUACUAAAAAAGAAUGGAUGGAACAAUCAAAGAGAACCAGAAAAUGGUUUAGAUUAUCAAAUGUAUUAUCAUUUAUUGUACCAAUUAAACCACAUAUUGAAGCUGCCAUCGUUCAUAUACAAAGAUCAAUUGUAACAUUACAACAACAAUUGAAUUCUCAAUUUGAUCUUAUCAAUACACCAAUUGAAAAUUUCCCCUUGGAUGAAAUCACCGAAUUUGUAAUUGAGGAAUGUAAAAAACAAAAAAAAAAAGAUAAAAAAGGUAAAAAAGAUAAAAAAGAUAAAAAAGAUAAAAAAGAUAAAAAGAAAAAGAAUAAAGAAUUAAAUGGUAAUAGUAAUAGUAGUAGUGGUAGUGAAAGUGAACCAAUAUCAAAUAAUAAUAAUAAUAAUAUUCCAAUCAUUAAUAAUGAAACAUCUCCUGUAUCACAAUAA